GGCACAGUAUCGUGUUCAAAUUGUAGUGCUAAACACCUCUUGUAGUGCUACCGUAGUAACUUAUUGUUAGUUUACCAAAAACACUUGGAGAUUAAAGAUGGUCCUGAUGCAUAUUGCUGCUGUUGUCUGUGCUUUGGUGGUAUCCUGUGGAGCCUAUGUGGCGCAGGAUCAUCAUCCCGUUGGCUACUCCUACGCUAAAUUCAGUGGUCCAGUGAGUGGUCCAGAGCAUGAAGUUCUUGUGAAAGAUGACCACGGUCAUGGGCACAAAGUUGACUACAUUGCCAAGCCAGACUACCACUUUGCCUACGGCGUAGAGGAUCCAAAGAGCCACGUAUCCCAAAGCAGGAAGGAGACGAGACAUGGAGAUGCUGUGCACGGAGAGUACACUGUUGUUGACCCCGAUGGCAACAUUAGGCUCGUCAAGUACACCGCAGACAAGCACAAUGGCUUCCAGGCUCAGAUCAUCACAAAUGGUAAACUCGAAGUUCACGGAGACACUACUGGCCACAAUGGCCAUCACCAGCAGGCAGCACCCUUGGGCCACGAACAGUAUACACAUCAUGCGAGUGGCGAGAGCAGCGAGGAAGAUGAUGAGUACUAAGCAUCCUCAGGCUCCUCCAAGUCCUCAAUCUAUCUCCCAAAAUCAUCUUGUGAUAGAGACACCAGAAGCUUCAUCUUCCACAUUUUGAGAUCACUCUUCUACGUUGUGAUAUUAAACUAUCAGGUUAGAUGUUAGAGUUACUAAGUUGUCUCAUUGACAUUCGCGUCAUUCGAACUCAUGCUUUUUUUAUAUAAUGUAUAAACUAUAUAUAUUACUCGAAUAUUGUUUAUUAUGUCCAUGUGAAAAAGACAAACAAUAAAAAAAAGAAUAAGAUACAGAAAAAAAAAAA